CCCACUUCUGGAGAUAUGGAGGCUUCAUUGGGAGUUGCGUAGUGAGUAAUUUUGCCUCUUAUCGACUCAUUCACCCUUGGACGCCAAAAUAGUUACAUUAUGACUCCCAUCCUCCCUCUAACCUCUGCCUCUUCCCAGAACCUUCAACUGAUUGUCCGCCAGCUUCCUAAAUCAUGGCACUCCUCGAUGUGCUCCUUGAAUAUCCAUUGACAACCCUCUUCGUCCUCUCGACCGGGCUCCUCUUCUCUCGAUGCAUAUACCACUUGGCCUUCCACCCAAUCGCACAUAUCCCUGGGCCCUUCCUUGCCAAAAUUACAUCCCUAUGGCUCUAUUACCACGCAUACAUCGGAGAUGAAGCGACUAUCAUCCACAAAGCCCACACUGAAUACGGACCAUACGUUCGAGUCUCUCCGAACGAAGUUGACAUCAGCGAUGCAGAUGCGAUGGCGCCCAUCUACGUAUCGAAAGGUGGAUUUUUGAAAGCGCCAUGCUACGCCAAUUUCGAUAUUGAUGGACACAAGACUAUAUUCUCAGCAACAGAUGUUGAACAUAGAGCUCGAAGGGCGAAAGCUGUUGUGCCUAUGUUCUCGACGAAGAGCAUCAGAGAGAAUGAAGCUGCGCUAUAUGGAUGUGCCGAUCGAAUGGUCGACCGAAUGGAAGAGGAGGCAAGAACGGGCCGCCCUGUCAACAUUCUAAACAUUGCCAGAAGUUUAGCUGUAGAUGCUGUUUCGACCCAUCUAUUCCAAGAGAACUACAAUGGCACAUCCGAAAAAGGCCCUCGUCUAUCUGUCUCUGCAUUUGUAGAUGCCUUCGUAGCAGUUGGGAGAUUCUUCUACUUGCCAACAAAGGUCUUCAUCUGGUUGGAAUGGACAAUUGAGAAAUGCAUGCCUGAUGAACACACAGCUACGUCAAUGGAGGUUGUUGAUAAAUUUGUUGAUAAUCUGGUUGACCAAACUCCUGCGGGAUCUUCGUCUUAUCCCGGCCGUCUUAUACCGUUGGUCGAAAGAUUAGAGGUCAAAGCACAAUGCAAAGAUCUUAUAUUUGCUGGUACAGAUUCGACUGGAAUGAAUUUCGCUACCCUUUGUCGACAGAUGGCUUUGAAUCCAGACAAGUAUGAGGUUCUUCGGAAGGAGAUUCUAGAUAACGCCAAUGCCGGAGAGAAGAAACAAGAUGUCCAAGCCCUUCCCUAUCUUUCUGCAGUCGUCAGAGAGUCUCUACGAAUCAGCAUGGCAAAUCCGACUCGCCUUCCCCACGUUGUCCCAGAUAGCGGAUGGACAUUCAAAGGCACCAACUUUCCGGCUGGAACAAUUGUCGGAUGCUCGGCGCACGAAUUGCACUUUAAUGAAGAAGUGUUUCCCGAUCCUUUCAGUUUCUAUCCUGAGAGAUGGCUGCAAGAGAAUCCUGAAGCAACAAAGGCUUUCUUCGCCUUCGGAGCUGGUUCUAGAGCUUGCAUCGCCAGAAACUUGGCCACUUUUGAACUUUACAUGGGUGCAGAGAGACUUGUAGAAAGAGAUGUCCUACGAGGUGCAAGAGCUUGUCAAGAGAAGGUUGAAAUAUACGAAUGGUUCAAUUCAAGUGUCAAAGGCGAGAAGAUCGAGCUUGUUUGGGAAAAGCCUAGAGUGUAGGCUUGAAGUGGCUCUUUGGGAGUCUCAGAGCUGACGAUAGGAGAUUCGUUACUAUCUGAGUCAUACAGUAAAGUGCAAUGAAUCGUGAUGCAAGUUCUUUUGAUUCUGUGUACAAAAAUCUUGACAUGAGAGCACAAUU